UCCGGCACAAUACAGUCUGGUCUCCUCAGGUUCCUUCUCCCAGCAGCAUGGAGAAGAACAAACUCCAUCCAAGUCUUAUUGUCCUUUUUCUGGUCUUCCUGCAUGCAGAUGCCUCAGUUUCUGGACAACCGCAGUAUAUGGCGCUGGUCCCCUCCCUGCUCCACACUGAGACCCCUGAGAAGGCCUGCAUCCUUCUGAGCCACCUGAAUGAGACAGUGACUGUAAGUGUUUCCUUGGAUUCUCUCAGGAAGAAUGAGAGCCUCUUCACUAACCUGGUGGCAGAAAAGGACUUAUUCCGCUGUGUCUCUUUCACUGUCCCAAGAACUCCAUCCAGUGAAGAGGUAAUGUUUCUUUCUGUCCAAGUGAAAGGAGCAACCCACGAAUUCAGAAGGCAGACCACAGUGCUGGUUAAAAACCAAGAGAGCCUGGUCUUUGUCCAGACUGACAAACCUAUCUACAAACCAGGACAGACAGUGAAGUUUCGUGUUGUCUCAUUGGAUGAAAAUUUUCACCCCCUGAGUGAGUUGAUUCCACUAGUAUCCAUUGAGGACCCAAAAGGAAAUCGCAUCGCACAAUGGCAGAAGGUCAAGUUAGAGAGUGGCCUCAAGCAAUUGGCCUUUCCCCUCUCAUCAGAGCCAUUUCUGGGCUCCUAUAAGGUGCUGGUACAGAGAGAAUCAGGUGAAACGGCAGAGCACCCCUUCACCGUGGAGGAAUUUGUGCUUCCCAAGUUUGAAGUGAAAGUAACAGUGCCAAAGAUAAUCACUAUCUCAGACGAAGAGGUGAAAGUGUCAGUGUGUGGCCUAUACACGUAUGGAAAGCCAGUCCCAGGACAUGUGACCGUGAGCAUGUGCAGAAAGUAUUAUGAUCCUUCUAACUGUUUUGGUGGAGAGUCACAAGCUCUCUGUGAGAAAUUAAGUCAGAAGCUAAACAGCCAGGGUUGCGUCUCUCAGCAAGUAAAAACCAAGGUCUUCCAGAUGAAGAGAGAAGGUUUGGAAAUGGAACUUGAAGUGGAAGCCAAGAUCAAAGAAGAAGGAACAGAGGUGGAGUUAACUGGAAGAGGGCUCAGUGAAAUAACAAGAACUAUCACCCAACUCUCAUUUGUGAAAGUGGACCCCCACUUCAGACAAGGGAUCCCCUUCUUUGGACAGGUGCGCCUCGUGGAUGGGAAAGGUGUCCCCAUGCAAAAUAAACUCAUCUACAUCACAGCAAAUGAAGCUAACCAUUCCUCCAAUGCCACCACGGAUCAGUUUGGCCUAGCGCAGUUCUCCAUCAACACCACCAAUGUUAAGGAAUCCUCCCUCUCUGUCAGGGUCAAAUACAAGGAUCAGAACCAUUGUUAUGACGACCAAUGGCUGACAGAAGAGCACAGAGACUCUUAUCACACUGCUACUCGUGUAUUCUCUCCCAGCAAGAGCUUUGUCCACCUUGAGACCAUACCUGAUGAACUGCGCUGUGGCCAAACUCAAACCAUCCAAGCACAUUAUGCUCUGAAUGGACAGGUCCUGAAGGAGCUAAGGGAGCUCACGUUCUAUUACCUGAUAAUGGCAAAGGGAGGCAUUGUCCGAACUGGGUUUCAUGUACUGCCUGUGAAGCAGGAAGACAUGAAAGGCCAUUUUUCUAUGUCGGUCCCUGUGGAACCAGACAUCGCUCCAGUCGCCCGAUUGCUCAUCUUUGCCAUUUUACCUGAUGGGGAAGUGGUCGGGGAUUCUGCAAAAUAUGAGGUUGAAAACUGUCUGGCCAACAAGGUGGAUUUGAGCUUCAACCCAGCAGUAAGUCUUCCAGCCUCGCCCGUCCACCUGCGAGUCACAGCUUCUCCUCAGUCGCUCUGUGCCCUCCGAGCAGUGGACCAAAGCGUGCUGCUCAUGAAGCCUGAGGCAGAGCUCUCCCCAUCCUCGGUUUAUAACCUGCUACCAGUAAAGGACCUCACUGGUUUCCCUGAAAGUUUGAAUCAAGAGGAGGAAACUAAUGUAGACUGUGUCCGUGACCAGAUCCACAUCAAUGGAAUCAUCUAUUCCCCAAUGUCAAGUACAAAUGAAAAAGAUAUGUAUAGCUUCCUAGAGGAUAUGGGUUUAAAGGUGUUCACCAACUCAAAGAUUCAUAAACCCAGAGUGUGUUCAUACGAGGUUGAGUACAAACCAAAGAGUUUGGCACAUGCCCAGGUUGGGGGCUCGAGCCUCAGUAGGGGGCAUGUAGGAGUAGGUGCUUCAGGGCCUGUCACAGAGCCUGUCACAGAGACUGUGAGAAAAUACUUUCCUGAGACGUGGAUCUGGGACUUGGUGGUAGUAGACUCAUCAGGCGUGGCUGAAGUAGGAGUAAGAGUCCCUGAUACCAUCACUGAGUGGAAGGCAGGGGCCUUCUGCCUGUCCGAUGACACUGGAAUUGGCCUCUCUCUUCCCACCACUCUCCAAGCCUUCCAGCCUUUCUUUGUGGAACUCACAAUGCCCUACUCUGUGAUCCGUGGAGAGGCCUUCACACUCAAGGCUACUGUCCUAAACUACCUUCCCAAUUGCAUCCGGGUCAGGGUGCACCUAGAAGCCUCUCCUGCAUUCCUGGCUGUCCCAGGGGAGAAUGAACCAGACUCACCCUGCAUCUGUGGGAAUGGACGACAAACCGUGUCCUGGGCAGUAACUCCAAAGAAAUUAGGGACUGUGAAUUUCACCGUGAAUGCAGAGGCACUGGAGUCUCAAGAGCUGUGUGGGACUGAGGUGCCUGUGGUCCCUCAAUAUGGAAAGAAAGACACAAUCAUCAAGCCCCUUUUGGUUGAACCUGAAGGAAUAGAGAAGGAAGCAACAUUCAACUCCCUGCUUUGCCCAUCAGGUGCUGAGGUGCCUGAUCAAGUAUCUCUGAAGCUGCCACCAAAUGUGGUAGAAGACUCUGCCCGAGCCUCCUUCUCAGUUUUGGGAGACAUAUUAGCCUCUGCCAUGAGAAACACACAAAAUCUCCUACAAAUGCCCUAUGGCUGUGGAGAACAGAAUAUGGUCCUCUUCACUCCUAAUAUCUAUGUUCUGAAUUAUCUAAAUGAAACACAGCAACUGACUCCAGAGGUCAAGUCCAAGGCCAUUGGCUUCCUCAAUACUGGUUACCAGAGACAGCUGAACUACAAGCACUCUGAUGGCUCCUAUAGUACGUUUGGGGAGACAUAUGGCAGGAGCACAGGCAAUACCUGGCUCACCGCCUUUGUACUGAAGACUUUUGCUCAGGCUCGACGGUACAUCUUCAUCGAUGAAGCACACAUUAAUCAAGCCCUCACCUGGCUCUCCCAAAAACAGAAGGACAAUGGCUGUUUCAGAAGUUCUGGGUCACUGCUCAACAAUGCCAUUAAGGGUGGAGUAGAAGAUGAAGAGACCCUCUCUGCCUAUAUCACCAUUGCCCUUCUGGAGAUUCCUCUUCCCAUCACUCACCCUGUUGUCCGUAAUGCCAUGUUCUGCCUGGAGUCAGCCUGGAAGUCAGCAAAGGAAGGACGCCAUGGAAACCAUGUCUACACCAAGGCACUGUUGGCCUAUGCUUUUGCUCUGGCAGGUAACCAGGAAAAGAAGAAUGAAGUACUCACGUCACUUAAUGAGGAAGCAGUGAAGGAAGAUAGUUCUGUGCAUUGGACACGACCUCAGAAACCCAAGGCACCAAUGGAACAUUUUUACCAACCCCAGGCUCCCUCUGUUGAGGUGGAGAUGACGUCCUAUGUGCUCCUGGCUCACCUCACUGCCCAGCCUGCCCCAACCUCAGAGGACCUGACUUCUGCAUCACACAUUGUGAAGUGGAUCACAAAGCAACAGAACUCUCAAGGGGGCUUCUCCUCCACCCAGGACACAGUGGUGGCUCUCCAUGCUUUGUCCAGAUAUGGAGCAGCUACUUUCACCAGGACUGGGAAGGCUGUACAGGUGACCAUUCAAUCUUCAGGGACAUUUUCCACAAAUUUCCAAGUGGACAACGACAACCGCUUGCUACUGCAGCAGAUUUCAUUGCCAAAGGUGCCUGGAGAUUACAGCAUGACAGCAACAGGAAAAGGCUGUGUCUACCUCCAGACAUCCUUGAAAUAUAAUAUUCUCCCCCAAAGAGAAGAGUUCCCAUUUGCUUUGGGGGUACAGACUCUGCCCCAAACUUGUGAAGGACCCAAAGCCCACACCACCUUCCAGGUCUCACUGAAUGUCAGUUACACAGGGAACCGUCCUGCCUCCAACAUGGCGAUUGUUGAUGUGAAGAUGGUAUCUGGCUUCAUUCCCCUGAAACCAACUGUGAAAAUGCUUGAAAGAUCUGAUGAUGUGAGCCGAACAGAAGUCAGCAACAACCAUGUUUUGAUUUACCUAGAUAAGGUGACAAAUCAGACUCUGAGCUUGUCUUUCACGGUUCUCCAAGAUAUCCCAGUAAGAGAUCUCCAACCAGCCAUAGUGAAAGUCUAUGAUUACUAUGAGACGGAUGAGUUUGCAAUUGCUGAGUACAAUGCUCCUUGCAGCAAAGAUCAAGGAAAUGAGUGAAGACAAUGUCAAUGAAAAUGGCUUUGCUGGAGUUCCUGUUCCACAAACUCAGGUCUCCAUGGAAGAAAAUAGUUUUGUAACUCUGAAGCUUAAUGAAUACACCUUUUUUUCUAGUCAAACUUUAUCAUGGUAUCCAUAGUCAUUC